ACGUCCCACGACCCGCAAACCACAGGCCAAAUCGCGAAAGUCACGCGUCAGAUUACAACUUACCUCUCGUCCUGCAUACAUGUCGUCUAUUGCUCUCCAUGGGACGACGCCCCACAUAGCUCGUUUUACUGCUCGAUCUGUCUACUGCUCGCAGCUUUUAUCAUUUCCCUCAACGUCACAGCGACCCUUCCCGUCUUACCGCACCGCUUCUGCCCGUAACCGUACCUAUUCGUUCUCCACAUCGGCGUCCGUUCACCAGAGGAACUUUGACAGAGUUCGUGUACAUCCUCGAUACCCACAUGAGCAGAAAUCUUCCAUAUCCGUCGCAGCCGAGGCGAAAACUACAGAAGAAUCCGGUCAAGACCUGACAGGUUCAGAACAACCACCACAUCAUUUGCCUCAGACUCCCAACACCCCAACACGACCCUAUCGAUUCCACAUUGCAGCCAGCUGGGCAGGCAAGCCUGAGACUGCCAGAACAGGAGAGGAAACGAUCUCUGUUCCAUUUGCGCCUGAGAGUGUCAUCGGCCGUUGGCGCGAUCAGACGUUACAGAAUGAAGGUCGAGAGAGGAAACGGUGGUUGGCGAGGGAUGCUGGAGAGGAUUUCUUUUUCGUUCAAGAGAUGAGGAACGGUUCGGGUGUUGGACUCGGUGUAGCUGAUGGAGUGGGAGGAUGGAUGGCAAGUGGGGUGGACCCGUCAUUGUUUGCUCAGUCCCUCAUGUACCAUGCACACCGCUACUGUCGGAGUGCAUGGGCUGGAGAACCGGAGGUGGAUCCUACACUAGAUUAUGAAGAGAGGGAACAGGUUGAAGGCUGGGAGUUGACACCUUAUGCCUGUUUGGACCUUGCCUACGGAGGAGUGUUAAGGGAACGACAUGUGGAAGCCGGUUCGAGUACGGCGUGUCUACUCACCCUCAAUUCAUCGUCAGGAUUACUGCGUUCUGCAAAUCUAGGAGACAGUGGGUUUCUCGUCAUACGGUCGUCGAACGUGAUAUAUAAGAAUCCAAUCCAGAGCCAUUAUUUCAACUGCCCAAAACAAAUCACGAAACUUCCUUCAAGUCACGGAAGGAAAUUCUCCCGUGCUUGCAUCGAUUCCCCGUCCGAAGCAGAAACAUAUUCGGCGAAAUUAAGGGAUGGUGAUAUUGUCAUAGUCUAUACAGACGGUUUGGCGGAUAAUGUGUUUGAUUCUGAAAUAGUGACGAUAUGCUCGCUGGUGGCACGACAAGGCGGAACGGAGGAAGUAAAAGUGCAGAUGAUGGCGGACAGGAUGGUAGAAUAUGCGCGGAAGUCUAUGAUGAGUAGGGACAAAUAUACUCCCUUUGAAAAGGAGGCAGCAAGGCACGGAAUGUUCUUUCGGGGCGGAAAAGUGGACGACGUGACGGUAAUCGUGGCAUUGGUUAGGGAAACACACUAGAAUAUUUAUAGCAGCGUUAUUACAUUAGGACCUAAUAAUAAUGUAGCCUACCUCGAUAGCGGGAAGACUAGUGUCUCGCACAAAGACGAGUGUAAUUUCCCCAAACGAUGUGCCAAUCUGCGGCCAAUGUGUCUUCUGCUGGCUCGCCGAAAGUGUCCAGUUUGCUGGCCCAUUGGACUGCGUUCUUGUAACACUGCAAAGCUUGCUGGUUGUUGACAUCUUCAUGUAGGAUACCCAAAAGAUUCCAGGCUUCAGUUGCAGUACGGCGGGCAUCGCGCAAAAGACUAGUCGCCGGCCGCUUGAGAACGGGGAUGUCUGUAAAAGGAGAGCUAUUGAUGGCAAGCGCUCGGGCAACUCUCUCCGAAGACUGGGCUGCAGUUGACAGCCAUUGAAUAGAUACCGGUCGUUUUUCCUUUAGGGCGUGGGAAACCUCGGCGCGGUGAAUACAAAACACGGAGGAGCGGUGCAGCAAUGUCAAGGCAUGGAGGGCAUGGGCCGGUGAUACGGACGACAUAUUUUCCGGAUGGCGUACGGACCGAACAAGGUUGAAAGCGGCCUCGUCCAGAGCUCGACCUUCCUUGAAUUUGGCCGACCGGGCAUAGAGGGCCGAACAGGAUGUUAGAAUGGAGAGAAGAGUCCGCUGGGCACUCGGAGACGGCGGCAUGCUUGCCGGAGAAUGGAGAGGUUGGUCCGAACCGACGGCCUUUGCCCACCAGGCCAUGGCAGAAUCGUUUUCACCCAGCCGGAAGCAGAGGUCGCCGAGUUUCAUAGCCAGACGGGCAGACUCGUUUGUGAAUUCUGGCUGACAAUCCCAGGCACGCUCGUAUUCGACCUUGGCCACUAACGAAGAACUUGCGCCCAUUCGUUCAAGAACGGAUGCAUGGAGUGACCGGAGACGUGGCAGUGUCCAAGCUUGUAGUUCCCUGCUCCUCUCUUCCGCAAUCUCGAUCGCCGUUCGAAGACCGUCUUCCGCUCGUACCAGCCGAGGGUCAAUAAUCACCAGUCCUCGAGGGCCCAACAAGCCGUCGCCACUGACAUCGGAGCCAAUCACAGCGGUACUUUCUCCGACUCCCCAGUUCAAUGCCAUCCACGCUCCUCGUACACAGUGACGUCCUCGUAUGCCCAACCCAGG